CGACCAAAUGGGUACCUUGGGACACAUUCAAAAUAAAAUAACUCAAAGCACAACCACCGAAGCACCUGGUUGAGCUCGCGGAGCUUCCGAAGCCAUGGAGAUGGCGAUGACUGUGAUGAAUGCGGCAACUCUCCAACCCAAACCUCUUCGACCCAAAGGCCCUUACCUUCUUCCAAACCCAAGAAGAGUCAUCAACUUCAAGGCCUCUUCUCUCCACAACCCUCAAGUCUCAUCAAUCGGAGCUCCAACUCUGGUGGGUCAAUUCGACCCAACAAUCCCCAUAGAGCGAGCCGUAACUCCACCCAGCUCAUGGUACACCGAUCCUUCCUUUUACUCUCUCGAACUCGACACCCUCUUCUACCGUGGAUGGCAGGCCGCAGGAUACACUGAACAGAUAAAAAAUCCAGGGGAGUUUUUCACUUGCAGAUUGGGAAACGCAGAGUUUGUUGUGUGCCGAGAUGGUGAUGGCAAGCUUCAAGCUUUCCACAAUGUAUGUCGACAUCAUGCCUCACUUCUUGCAUAUGGAAGCGGCCGCAAGUCUUGCUUUGUGUGCCCUUAUCAUGGAUGGACUUAUGGGUUAGACGGCUCACUUCUCAAGGCAACUAGAAUAACUGGAAUACAAAAUUUCAAUGAACAUGAGUUUGGGCUUAUAUCGGUGAAAGCAGCUACUUGGGGCCCGUUUGUUCUUCUCAAUAUGGAGCAGGAUGUUGAUAGUGAUACAGACAUAGUGGAAAAGGAAUGGCUUGGCAGCUCUUCAGAACUACUGAGUAACAACGGGGUCGAUUCCUCAUUAAGUUUUGUUUGUAGACGUGAUUAUAUGAUUGAAUGUAACUGGAAGGUCUUUUGUGACAACUACUUAGAUGGCGGAUAUCAUGUUCCUUAUGCGCAUAAAGGCCUUGCAUCUGGUCUUAAUCUUGAUCAUUACUCUACCACAAUAUAUGAAAAGGUCAGCAUUCAAAAGUGUGAAGGUGGCUCGACAGAAAGAACAAAUGAUUAUGAUCGGCUUGGAUCAAAAGCUCUAUAUGCUUUUGUUUAUCCUAAUUUCAUGAUUAAUAGGUAUGGACCAUGGAUGGACACCAAUCUAGUACUGCCACUUGGACCAAGGAAAUGUCAAGUGAUAUUUGAUUACUUCAUUGAACCUUCUCUUAUGGAUAACAAAGAUUUUAUAGAGAGAAGUUUGAAAGACAGUGAAAGAGUACAGGUGGAAGAUGUCGUGCUAUGUGAAGGUGUCCAAAGAGGUCUUGAAUCACCUGCAUAUGAUAUCGGCAGAUACGCUCCGACUGUCGAGAAUGCCAUGCACCAUUUCCAUUGUCUGCUUCACAAAAGCCUGAAAAAAUGAGAAUUACCCGAUACAUAUCGGUAGAUGUGCUCCAACUGUCGAGAAUGCCAUGCACCAUUUCCGUUUUCUGCUUCACGAGAGCCUAUCAAAAUUAUGUCCUGAUUGUAUCCAUCCUCCUAUUUUAGUUUUAUAUCUUUCGUUGUUCAUGUUUUAUGAAUGAUGCAAUGGGGAUUACAUUGUCCUGGUGUUUUUCACUUCAAAGAAUUUUACGAAGCAAUAAAAACUUGUUUUAUUUCUUCAA